AUGGCUUCUUCCCUCGCCGCCUCUCUCCGGGCCUUGACCCUCAGCACCGCCCGCGCGACGAUCCCCCGCGCCGCUACCGCUAGCACUACGGCGACGCGCGCCCUCUCGACGGCGAUCUUGACGAAGCAGCCGGCGCAAAAGACCGAGUCCAUGCUCGCGCAGUUUGGACAAAAGGCAUCGGGCGUGGCCAAUGCUGUGGUGCAGCAGACGAGGGGAAUGAAGGUGCACAGCUCCGUAAAGAAGAGGUGUGAGCACUGCAAGAUUGUCAGACGCAAGGCGGGCAAGAGACACAACGGGUACCUGUACGUCAUCUGCAAGGCGAAUCCCAGACACAAGCAACGCCAGUCUUGA